AUGAAUACAUGUGUGACAGCUGAAUUCUUGACUGAAAAGUAUGUUGAGGAGUGGAGAGUUAAUCCAACUUGGAAAAUGAAGAGUUUUAGGGCUAGGGUGUUGACUGAUUUGGGAAUAGAAGUUGGGUAUGGCAAAGCAUGGUUAGCAAGAGCUAGGGCUAAGUUGAUGAUAUAUGGGUCUGCUUUAGAGCAGUAUUCUAGGGUAUGGGAUUAUGGCAAAGCAGUGCUCAAAUACAACCCUGGGAGUAAAGUGUAUGUAGUUGUUGAGGGAGUUGAUAAACCAGAACCUCCACUGUUCUUGAGGAUGUACUGCUGCUUGUCAGCUUUGAGAAGUGGGUUUAACAAAGGGUGUAGGCCUCUGAUUGGUCUUGAUGGAUGUCAUCUAAAGGGCUCAUAUCCAGGUCAAAUACUGGUAGCUGUAGGGAAGGAUGGAAAUAAUCAAAUAUUUCCAUUUGCAUGGGCAACAGUUGAGGUGGAAAACAAAGAAACCUGGGGAUGGUUUUUGGAGUGUUUGAAGAAUGAUGGUCUGCUGGAGGCUUUUGAACAACUUGUUCCAAUGGCUGAGAAGAGAUACUGUGUGAGACACAUCUGGGCUAAUUUUAAGCUCCAGUAUACUGGUUCAACCUUCAAGGAUCUCUUCUGGAAUGCAGCUAGAGCCACUACUCUGUUUGAUUUUGAGGUAGCCAUGGAGUCCAUAACGUUUUUGUCAGAAGAUGCCUAUGAAUACUUGGCAAAUAUACCAGCUGAACAUUGGAGUAGGCAUGCAUUUUCUGAUUUUUGCAAGUCAAACAUGAUAUUGAACAAUGUAUGUGAAACAUUUAAUGCUGUGAUUAAGGAUGCUAGAGAUAAACCCAUUCUCACUCAAAUGGAGUGGAUGAGGAAAUAUAUGAUGAAAAGGAAUAGUAAGAAAUGGGACCAAAUACAGAAAAUGGAAGGGAAGAAUACUCCUUAUGUGGCUAAGGUGUUUGAGAGAAUGGAAAAGGUUGCUAGGUAUUGCAUUGUCCAACUGUCUAGAGGGGACAGUUAUGAGGUUGAGUUGAAUGGGGAUAAAGUGGUGGUUGACCUGCAUCAAAGAACAUGCAGUUGUUAUCAAUGGCAGUUGACUGGAAUUCCUGGUGUACAUGCUUUUGCAUGUAUUCUAGACAAAAGGACAAAUCCAGAUGACUAUGUUGAUGAAUAUUACAGCAGGGCAACCUACAUUCUAGCCUAUCAAGAUGCUAUAAAGCCUAUGCCAGGGCCAAAGCAUUGGGAGAAAAUUGACAUGCCACAACCCCUCCCUCCUCCAGUUAGAGUUAUGCCUGGGAGGCCAAAAUCUAAGAAGAGGAAGCUGGAAAAGGGAGAAAAGGGAGAGGGUGCAGGACAAAUCAAAGAACCUAAGGCCCCUAAGACUCAAAAAAGAUGCAAGAAUUGUGGUCAACUUGGCCAUUAUGCCAAGACAUGUGGUAAUGCACCAAGCACUCAACCACCACCAUCAGUAGCAGCAUCAACAUCUGAGGCUAAAAAGGGUGGCAAGCCUGUCCAGAAUACCCCUUGGCUGCAAGAGCAGAGGAGAAAAAAGGCAGAAAGGGCUGCAAGAAAUGUAAGUUAUAUGUGUGUAUUGCUUUGA